GUUAGUGCUCUUUUAUGUUGCCAUGAAAGAAUUAAGUAAUUCUGUUCCACCGCUUUUUCAGCGGUACAUUAUUCCUCAUCAGCUCUCCAUCGUAUAGUGUCGGUGGGGUGCGGAGUUUCUUGCCUGUUCUGCUUCCGCUGGGAUCGAGAAUUUUCUUCCUAGUUGUUAGAAUCUGGGCGGAGAGCCCUGCGGGAAACGGAGACCGAGCACCAGCGCUGGCGCGGGACAGCCGCCCGACGACCCCGACGCACCGCAGGUCUGUCAGUCCACGCUCUCUCGCGUUUUUCCUUGAGCUUUUCUGAACCUUCUUUCCUGUUCCCCUGGGUUUUCUCGAGAGAUGUGAAUGGGGAUUGCUAGUCCGUGUCUCCGUUGAAGAAAUGAAGGUACAGGGUACUGUCCUCCGAAUCAUCGCAGGUAGCUCACGGCUUCAGUUCUUUGUUCUGUUUUAUCUGAGUGGCGUUGACUACAAAUCUCAUAUGGGUUCGUAACGUGGAAAAUUAAUGAUUUUACACGAUGAGAAAUGUGCUGGACUCUCUGUGUUAGAGAAAUUUUUUUCUCAUAACUUUUUUCUCGAGCCGAUAUCCAGGUAGCUGGUCUAUAGCUGGAUGCGAAACUGUUGCCUUCCUAAAUGAAAGGUGCACGUAGCUGUAUGAAUGGCAGCUCUUCUCUAUGUAAUGUUCCCAUCUUCCUCCCUGUGCUUUCUUGUUUUUUGUAUGAUGGCUGCAGAAAUGGCAUUGUUAAUGGCACGGAUAAAUAUUUUCCGGGCAUGAUUUUUUUUCCCCAUAAUUGCGUAGAAUCAGGAAAUCGAGGAUUAUUCAGAUCAACCUCGAUGAUGGAGCCGAGAAGUAACUAAGUCAAGAGAGAAUGGUAGUCCCUGAGGAGGACUUCAUUUAAGUAGGUGUUCCGUGUUCUCUUGUGGUAUUUCUCGGGGACUAGGAAAACCUUAGACUGAGGGACAGGUAAAUCGCCGUAAAACUAAGCGAUGUCUCUGUGGCGACUGUCCCGUGGCCGCGAGCUGUGGGUGGGACAGGCCGGGCAGGCAGCGCUGGGCAGCUCUCGGUGUCUGCAGUGCCGGGAGGAGGCUGCGGGCGCCGCUGUUGAGCGAGGAGGAGCGAGAGGAAGGCCGGAGCGCUGCAGGCAGCCCCGCCCGCUGCGGCCCGGCUCGCUCGCUGGCUCGGCGUCCGGACGGCCUGCGAGCGUCCCCGCGGUGCGGAGCCGUGCUGCAGCGAGGCGGAGGGACCGGCGGCAGGGCCGGGAGCGGCGAAACAGGGGUCGAAGCAGUAGGAGGCGGCGCUGCCGCUGUUGGUGCGGAACCGCGGAGGAGAUGUGGGCGGCGGGGAGGUGUUGGGGCUGGCGGGAGCGAGCCCUGCUGUGGGGCGUGCUGAUGGCGACGUGGGAGGCGGCGUGGGGGCAGCUGCGCUACUCGGUUCCCGAGGAGCUGCCAAAGGGCUCGUUCGUGGGCGACGUUGCCAAGGACAUGAGGCUGCAGCUGCCGGCGCUCCGAGACCGAGGCUUCCGUAUCUUGGACAAAGGCAGGACGCUGUAUUUUGCUCUUUACGGGAAGACGGGACAUUUAGUAACGGCGGAGAUAAUAGACAGAGAGCAGCUCUGCGAGAGUGUGCAGCAAUGCGUGCUGCGGUGUGAGGUGAUAAUAGAGAGAGAAAUGCAGAUAUAUGAAAUCGAAGUGGACAUUAACGACAACUCCCCCAGCUUCCGAGAGGCAGAAAAAGAACUGAGAAUGAGCGAGAUGACAGCACCAGGUUGGCAGUUUCCCCUGGCCGAGGCUCACGACCCAGACUCGGGACCGAAUUCUGUGCAGAGCUACGAGCUAAGCGGAGACGAGCACUUCUCGCUGGCCGUGCAGACGGGUCCCGGCGGGGAUCAGCGUCCCGAGCUGGUGCUGGCGAAGGCGCUGGACCGGGAGGAGGCGGCGUUUCACGAGCUGGUGCUGAGGGCGAGCGACGGCGGCGAGCCGGCGCACGGCACGGCGCGGAUCCGCGUGGCGGUGCUGGACGCCAGCAACGCGCCCGUGUUCAGCCAGACGGAGUACACGGUGCGUGUGCCGGAGGACGUGCCCGUGGGCUCCACCCUCGUCACUGUCACGGCCACCGACGCCGACGAGGGACUGAAUGGGCAGGUGAAAUACUCGUUGAAAAAAAUCACGGAGAAAGCCUAGGAGAUUUUCCAUCUGGACGCUGAGACGGGAGCGAUCUCGCUGGUGCGUAGCCUGGACUUCGAGGAAGGUGACUCGUACGAAAUGGAGGUGCAGGCACGGGACGGCGGGGAACUUUUUGUUACGGCAAAAGUGGAGAUAACCGUGGCAGACGUCAAUGAUAACGCUCCCGAACUCACAAUUUCAUCAGCCUUGAGUGAAAUCUCGGAAGCUGCCCCACCGGGGACAGUGGUGGCCCUGCUGCACGUGCAGGACCGCGACUCGGGGGCGAACGGCGAGGUGCGGUGCUCGCUGGACGGCGACGUCCCGUUCCGACUGCGCAGCUCGCGCAGCAGCUACUACAGCGUGGUCACUGCUGAGGAGCUGGACCGGGAGCAGGUGUCGGAGUACAACGUGACGGUGCGGCCGGCGGCCGGCGGGUCGCCGGCGCUGUGGAGCAGCGUCGUGCUGGGGCUGCGGGUGCUGGACGUGAACGACAAAGCGCCGGUGUUCAAGGAGGCCGCCUACAGCGCCUACGUGGCAGAGAACAACGCGGCGGGCGCGCUGGUGCUGAGGAUGCGGGCGUGGGACGCGGACUGGGGGCAGAACGCGCGCGUGCGGUACCGGCUGGGGGAGGGGCGUGUGCGGGGCGCGCCGCUGUCGUCGUCCGUGUCGGUGGAGGUGGACGGCGCGCUGUACGCGCUGCGCUCGUUCGACUACGAGGAGGUGCGCGAAGUGGAGCUGUGGGUGCGGGCGGAGGACGGCGGCGCGCCGGCGCUGAGCAGCAACGUGUCGGUGCGGCUGGUGAUCGUGGACGAGAACGACAACGCGCCGCAGGUGCUGUACCCGCCGGCGGCGCCGCUUGCGGUGGGCGCGGGCUGGGCGGGCAUGGAGCUGGCGCCGCGCUUGGCGGAGCCCGGGGCGCUGGUGGCCAAGGUGGUGGCGGUGGACGCGGACGCGGACGCGGGGCAGAACGCGUGGCUGUCGUACGAACUGGCCAAGGCGACGGAGCCGGGGCUGUUCCGCGUGGGGCUGCACAGCGGCGAGGUGCGCACGGCGCGCUUCCCGCUGGCCCGCGACGCGGCGAGGCAGAGCCUGGUGGUGGUGGUGAAGGACCACGGGCGGCCGGCGCUGUCGGCCACGGCCACGCUGACGGUGGUGCUGGCCGAGAGUGUGGCCGAGCUGCUGGCCGAGCUGGGCAGCGCGGCAUCGGCGGCGGCGCCGGGCGAGCCGGCCGGCAGCCUGACGCGCUGGCUGGUGCUGGCCGUGGCGGCCGUGUCCUGCCUCUUCCUCGCCUUCCUGCUGCUGCUGCUGGCGCUGCGCCUGCGGCGCUGGCGCCGCUCGCAGCUGCUGGCGGCGAGCAGCGGCGCCUUGCGCGGCGUGCCGGCCUCGCACUUCGUGGGCAUCGACGGCGUCCGCGCCUUCCUGCACUCCUACUCGCACGAGGUGUCUCUCACGGCCGACUCGCGCAAGAGCCAGCUCCGCUUCUCAGGCGCCAGCUGCUGCGACACCCUCCCGGCCCGCCCGCCGCCCGACGAGCCCGCGCCGCUGCUCGGGGAGGACCCCGCCGCUCCCCCGGUGAAUUUCAAUGACCGCCCUUUCUCUGCCACCCUGCCCUCUGCUGAUUCACUGCGCUUUUAUGCGUUGCACUUACGGAUGUUUGGUUACAGUGAGGGCCGAGCUUCAUUCGGCAGCGCGCUGUGUACUAGUGGCUCUUGCAUCCGGGAGGUGAACGUGGGAUCCUUGCUCAGAGUUACCGUAGGCGUGAGAGGGCGGAGAAGUUAUGCUGUUGCUGGCUUCACCUCCGUUAGUGGAGGACAGUGUUUUUUUAUGACGUCGCUACUGUAUCAUAGGAUGUUGAAUGAUCAAGUCUUGUCGUAAAGGAGAUCACCUCGUUUACUUUUAGAACCUUGAUGUAGCGAUAAGAAAACGUAGCUUCCUCUGUGCAUAGACGUUUAAAAUAUAGCUAUGUGAAGCCCCUUAUGUGAUCCUGGUGCACGUAGUAAUAGCUUAAUGAUGUACUAAGUAUAAAUGCCAUUUACGAAUAGCCUAAUUAUGUACUAAGUAGAAAUGCGUAAGUGAAAUAUUUCUUCGUUGCCUACUAAAUACCUGGGUUAUGUAUCCUCACAAAGAUCUAUAAUAUAGAAGACGCUCUGAUCCCCUCCUUUCUUCUUCCUUUCCUCCUUGUAAUGAUCUGAAGGUGGGCCUUUGUCUCUGACAAUGUGUGGAAGAUCCUAUCUGCAAUAUUUGCCUGAUUUUCACCUACAUGCCUUUCAUGUUUACAGCAGUAAAGAGAAAGAUUUCUAUAGAUGUGUUUCUUUAAAAUGUUACUGGAAAAAAUGUUCAUGCUUGUCACAUACACAUGCUGAAAAGUCAAGUAUUAUCCAUGCCAAGGAGAAUCUAUCUGUGCAAAUAUCAUUAGUUGUCAGCCAUGUGUAAGUGAUGAAGAUCAUCAACAAUGAUGUGAACUGUGAAGUGUCUGAGCAGAGUUUUUGGGGUUCUGUGUGUAAGGAGGUACUUUGGGAGGCAAGGCAUAUUUUUUGUUAAUUGCCAACGUUAAUUGUUGGCCGACAGAAUAUGUUUCUGAAGGUGUCUUAAUUUUGGGUAUCACGCUGCUCAAAUUCCAGUUGACCAAGUUGUGGGUUCAUCAGUUUGUUUUCCUGUUGCAUGAUGUCUCCUGUGAAUGGCAGUUGUUAAGCACAGACAGACAAUUUACAUUAAGAUUUGAUGACUGUAUCUUUAUCAGAGCUGCAUGUUAUGAGAACAUCUAACCUUUCUUUGAAUUACUGUGAUAUUUGGGGAGAGUGAAGACUGUCUGUUUCGAGACAGGGCAGGUCAAAACAAAACGUGUGCUGUGGUAUAAUCAAAAUGCCUACAAGGUAGAUUUCAUGGUUCAAUUGGUCCUACUUGUUAGACGGGGCCCACAGUUGUGUUUCCAGACUUUUUCCCUUUUCUAUUCUCUCAAGGAGUUACACGGAAGAACUAUGGCUACAGUCUGUGAGAUCGUGCCUGAGUUGCCUUUGACUUUGUAUGGUGUACUAUCUGUGGGAGAUGAGUGGGCCACAUAUUAGAAGAAUUGCUGAAAGCUGAGGACUAUUUAUUACAAUGAAACCCCAAACAAUGUAGUCCAGAGUGGGACUUUAAGGAUACACUUGGCAGCUUGAGGCCUCAGUGACUUCCAGCUAAUCUCAGGGACGAAUUUCAUUGACUGUAGUGAAGUCUUCCCAGUGAGUUUCUCUGACAACACUUUGUCUUCUAAUGCUUCCUUGCCUUACUUGCUUGAUUUUGUCUUUCUUCCCCUGGUCUCCUGUGUAUAUAUAUUUACUUGUAAUGAUUAACAUAGCUUCAUCUAGCAAUGCAUCGUGUGUUUAUUCCUCUUACUGAUGCUACUGUUAGUGUGAAAGGCAGGAGAUGGAAGGAUACCUUUAUUUUCUGUUCUCGUCAGUGGGGAAUACACAUAAACAUUACCUUAAAUAGAAGUUGCAUCUCUGUGGAACUGCACAUGUGAUAAAAAGGGGGAGAUUGCCACUAAGAUCGAUGACUCAGUCUCUGUUGGAUGACGACUCCUCUUUUGCUUCUGUCAUUUAUCAUUUGUAUGCUUUGGAAUCCUUCUUUUUCUCCUCAGAAUGGUGGUGAAGAGACAAAUGUACCUCCCUUCUUGGUGUGAUCGUAGUGCAUUAUCCUCUCACGAUAUAGCUUUGCCAAUUCUGAGAAGGUCAGAAGCAAACCUGCAAGUUGAAUAGGAUUGGAGAGAAGACAGAGCAGCUCGGGGUGGGGGGCGGCUAUAGAAGAACAGGUGGUCAUUUCCUUGCAUGUCAUGGUCAACACAAGCAUGUGCCUAAAGGAGUACCAUGCAAUUUGGGUUGCUUCUGCUCAAUAAUAUUGGCCUAAGGAACGUUAUUCCAACUGAUCCAUUUGCUUUUCUAUGUUUUUAACUUUUCCCUUGCUUGUUGUCAUGAGCUGUAGCUCGACCUCAGGCUGUCUGAUCAAAUGGAGAAAGUCACAUCUGUUCUGUUUGUGUGAGUGCAGGUGCAGUUCCCAUACACACCCUCUCUCUGAUGCAUCUCUGCCUUUCCCCCUUGCUUUUUGCUAGUUCCUUCGUAGAUAGGUUUCAUUAUAGGGAAUGUAAAGCUUUUAGUGCAGGAUCAGCAAGAGACUGGUCUCAAAGCAAGAGAAGAGGGGGUUGUGUGCUCCAUCUGUCUAGGCAGUGCUUUAAUAUGAGGCCUAGUGCCAAGGCCUCUGCCACUUACACUUAGAUGCCUUUUCCUGUGUCCUGAAAAUGGAUUACAAUCUUCUGAGAAACUGGUCUGCACGUAAUAGCUAAGGAAGUGCAAACAUGAAUCAGGGAUACUAUUUGUAGUAAUUGCUGUGUGAAAUGUAAUUUUUCCAGAUACAUGAGCUUAUAAGACUGAGAUGCAGUUUCACACUAUUUUUAUCAAACUCUUCCAAGCCUUGACCAGCCUUCCAAUGUUAUAAUGGCUCUUGGUCUAAUGAAGUAACUGUUGAUGUUUUGUUUUCCUUAAAACUGCUGUGAAUAUAGGGAAUGGGAGUGUAUUUUUGUUGGGAAUUUGUGGGUUUGGGGCUUCUUAUUUGAAGUAUGUACGAGGAAGAUACUCCUUUUUUGCACUGUCAUGAUGAGAUUUUCCUACAAAUGGUAGACAUUUGGCAUAGAGGUAAACAUUGUAUUAACGGUUGCAGUGUCACAUCUCUUCCAAAUUGCCUAUGGCUGAGGAAGAAUGGUGAUGUUCUGAGCUGAUACUGAUGACUAAGCCUUUAUCUGAGCUAUGUAUCACUUAUGCCCUUCAAAGCAUUUUAUGUUUCUUGUGAUGAGCAGAGAAGUCUCCAUGCAUGUAUCUAUGUUGUGAUCCUUAUUCUAUUUGAGCAUAAGUAUGCACCUAGAACUAUGAUGCAGGGGUAGAAAAGCUUAUGAGUCCUGUGUGAAACCUCUUUACUCACCUCUAUCUCCCUGUAACUUUGAAAUGUAGAGUUUCUUCAUAUUUGUAGUUACACCUUCUUCAGGACUUGUGUCCUGAAAGGUUGUGGUUAAUUUUCUCCAUUUCUGGAGAGCAUUUUUGCUUUUGAAACUGUCUGUGUUAUUUUUGCAGCAAAUACUUUCUUCAGCCAUCUAAGACAGAAUGUCUUUAGCAGAAGCUAAAAGAUAAUUUAUUACACUUUCUCAAAGGACUUAGCUUGAGAAAGAGGCCCGUGAUAAGAUAUUCAAACUUACAGCUUCAUAUUUACAGGAUGAGAAGGCUACUUAGUCAUCACCUCUCAGUGAUUAUUUUAUACUAUUUCUUGGUAUGUAGGGCAGAGGAAGGCAUUAGAGUUGCACUUGCAGCUUUAGAGAUGAACAACUUCCAGGUGCUCUUGGGGACAAAUUUCCAUAUCUGCAGUGAACACUAAUCCUUCCAGUGAGUUUCUCUGAUAACACUUUCCUUUUAAUCCUUUCUUGAGUUGCUUCUCUGAUUUUUAUAUUUUUCCUGUUCUUCUACCUAUGAAAAUUUCUUUUUAAGCAGUGUAUCUUCAUUUAUCAAUGCAUUAUGUUUUAGCGCCUCUUGCUCAUGGUACAGUAGGUGUGGAAAGCAAGAGAUGUGAGGAUACCUUUGUGUUCCAUUUUUUGGUAGGGAGAGUAGGUGAAAGCAAAACCUUAAGUAGAAGCUGCAUUUCUGUAGAACAGUGCAUGUGAUAAAAGAGGGGACAUUGUCCCUAAGCCAUUAGUUUGAGGACAUAGUCUCUGUUGCAUGACUGCUCUUUGACUUUGUCUAUUUAUCACUCAUGUGCUUUAGCAUCCCUCUGUUUCUCCCCAGAAUGGUGGUGAGCAAAGAAAUACACCUCUCUUCUUGGUGUGAUUGUAGUGUGCCAUCCUCUCAUGAUACGUUUUUGCCCCUUAUGAGAGUCAGAAGCAAACCUGCUGGUUGUGUAGUGUUGCUGAGAUGAUUUGGUAGGGUGUAGAAGAACAGACGCUCGUUUCCCUGCUUCUCAUAAUUUGUGCCUUAGGCACACAGUUGUGAUACCAUGCAAGUUGAGUUCCUUCUGAUCAAUAAGUUUGGUCUCAGAAACAUUAUUCCACCGGAUCCAUUAAUUUCAACAUGUUUCUGUAUGUUCUUGCCUUGCUUGUUUCAUGAGCUACAGCUUGACCUCAGGGUGUUUGGUCAGGUGUCUGAGCGUAGAGGCAUUUCCUGUACACACCUUUGAUGUUUACAGCUGUAGAAAGGAUGGCUUUCAUAGACAUACAUGUGCUGUAGUGACAGAAAGCAAACCAAUCUCUCCUAUAGUCCUCAAAGUGCCAAGUGGCAAUUCAACCCAGGUAAGGUUUCCAUGAACAAAACAGCGGUCACAGGCAGAACAUAUGCAUGGUGUCCCUCAAAACAUGCAGACCGGUAAAUUGGAGAGAUAUGGGACUGUUAGGUGGAGAAGGAACUGGCUGGAUGGCCACAUACUGGGACCAGUACUGUGUAAUAUCUUCACCAGUGACACAGAGAAUUGGAUAAAGUACACCCUCAGUGAAUUUGCAGACAACAUCAAGGUAAGUGGUACAACUAAUUUGCUUGAGGGAUAGGAUGCCAUUCAGAGGGACCUUGACAGACUUGAGAAGUGAGUGUCUUUGAACCUUGUGAAGUUCCACACACCCAAGUGCAAGGUCCUACGCUUUGGUCGGGACAAUCCCCAAUUCUAAUACAGACUGGGAGAUUGAGAUCAGCCUUGCAGAGAAGACUUGUGGGUACUGGUGGGUAACAAAUGGGACAUGAGCUGGCGAUGUGUGCAUCCAUCUCUGGAACCUACUUCUGGGUCCAGAAGUGGGUCAGAAAAAUCAUUAAAGGCUGAAAGAGUUGAGGUGGGUCAGCCUGAAGAAGGGAAGGCUCUGUGAAGACCUUAUGGUGUCUUUUUGUUAUAUAAAGUAGGCUUGUAAGAAUGACAGAGAAAGAGUUUUUAGAAGAGCCUCUUGUGACAGGACAAGGGGCAAUGGUUUUAAACCAGUGGUUUUAAAGAGUGAAGGUUUCAACUGAACAUAAGGAUGAAAUGUUUUAAAAUAAGGGUGGGGAGACACUGGAGCAGGUUGCACACAGAAGUUAUACAUGUGUCAUCAUUGGAAGGUUUCAAGGUUAGGUUGAACGGGGCUUUGAGCAACCUGAUCCUUUGACAGAUGUCCCUGCCAUAGCACAAGGUUUGGAUUAGAUGAUCUUUAAAGGCCCCUUCACAGCCAAAAUAUUCUGAUUCUGUGAAACACUCAGCCUGGCUUUGCACUUUCCCAUUGUCAGCCCCUCAAGAAUGGAGAUAUAAAAGAAGGAACCUCGAGCAUCAGAAAAAAAUAAAGGAAACAUUAUUCUGCUGUCCCAGCAUGAAGCCUAAUGCAUUAAUGUUAGGGUGAUAUAGUAUCAGUGUAAAUUUUCUUCUCCUAGGAAAAAAAGCUAAAAACAGGACAAAAGUCAGAGACUUAGAUAAAAAAGGAACAAAAAGAAAGAAGAUGGAACCCUUUUACAGGCCUUGCCUGAAAGGACUGAAACUGGUUUUGCUUCAGUCUGUUUGUGACUAAUUAUUGAUUACUCCAGUAUGAAUAUUUCCUUCGUGGCAUUUGUUCUAGAUAAGGAAAGCAGAAUUCACAAUAGUGUCAGAGUACUAAAGAGCUCUUCCCUACCUACCCUUCCGUAUCGUGCACUUAUACUUCCAUCUUGAUUUUAUUAAUAGAAGCUGAGUUCCUUUAGUUAUUGAUCAGCUGUAAAUAUUUACAUCUGAGUAUUCAUUGCGGCUCAAGGAGAUGACCUAAAAACACAUCACAGACUCUACCCGUUUUAAACGCCUUUGGUGUUGCAGCAAGAGAAAGCUUCUAAUGACACCGAGCCCCCGCAACAGAGUGAAGGCACCAAACCCCUGUGAGAAGCCCGGGCCCCCGGUAGCGCGGCCAU